UAAUUGAUUACAUUAACCCCACCAUUUUUAUUUAUUUUUUAAUUUUUUUAGAUAUAUAUCGAUGAAGAAGACGACCAUGGCUAUGAUAUAUAUUUAUCAGAAAUGAGUGAGCCAGCUCAGCCAUUUCUUGAUUGCUCAAAGUGCAAUUUCAUCACCUCCCACUCAAAAGUGAAAGAAAAAAGCAAAGAAAAAAACUAUAUUUUGAUAUCUCUUCGUUUAAAGAUAUGAAAGUGUGACAUUGUAAUUUGAAUAAAGAGAGGGAGCAAGAAAGAAAGUGUGUGUGUGUGUGUGUGUGUGUGUGAGAGUGAGAGAGAGAGAGAAUCAACUUUUGCUUUUUGUUUCUUCAUAAUCUCUCAACUUUAAAUUUCUGUUAUCCAACGGCUGUUUUUAACCCUCUCUUCUUCUUCUUCUUUACUUGGGCCUAACCUCGUGCUUAAAAUUAAACCUCUGCAAAAAAUCAAAAUUUUCAAACAUGUUCAUCUCGGAUGAGCUGAUGAUGAUCAAAGCAAAAGAGGAAAGCAAGAAAAGGCGACGCUUAGCUUCUUCCUUGAAGUUGAAGUCUCUUUUUGCAAGAUGAUUGAUUCUUUACCUCUAUACAAAAACUUCAACUCUUUCAUAUUCCCUCUGCUUUCAUCCCUUCCUCUCCAAAUCCUCCAUUAAUUUCUCUUACACAAAAAAAUGGUGCCCCUCAUUGCUCUACUACUAAUAGCAAACACCUUCUUCGUCUCCUCCUCCACCCUCAUAUCCGACUUCCACGCGCUGAUCGCGUUGAAGCAAGGGUUCGAGUCCCCAAACCCGGCGAUCAGCGCGUGGAACUCCUCAAACCCCACCUCAAUCUGCUCGUGGCCCGGCGUGAGAUGCCUCCACGGCAGGGUGGCGUCUCUCGACCUCUCCAACAUGGCGCUGUACGGCUCCGUCUCCCCCGACAUUUCAAGGCUCGACCGGCUGGUGGAGCUCUCCCUCGACGGGAACAACUUCACCGGCGAGAUCAAGCUCGACACCAUGAGCUCCCUCCGCUUCCUCAACCUCUCCAACAACCAGUUCAGCGGUGGCCUCGACUGGAACUACUCCACCCUCCCAAACCUCCAAGUCUUCGAUGUCUACAACAACAACCUCUCCUCCGCCCUACCUCUCGGCGUGGUGGAGCUGAGCAAGCUCAAGCAUUUGGAGCUCGGAGGGAACUUCUUCUACGGAAGUAUACCCCCGAGCUAUGGCGAGCUCGCCGGAUUGGAAUACCUAUCGCUGUCCGGGAACAAUCUGCAGGGGAGGAUUCCUAGAGAGCUCGGCAACCUCACAAGCUUGAAGGAGAUCUACCUAGGCUACUUCAACGUGUUCGAGGGCGGGAUCCCUCGAGAGUUUGGCAAGAUGAUGAAUCUUGAACACAUUGAUCUAUCCUCGUGCGACCUCGACGGCUUGAUCCCUCCGGAGCUGGGCAACAUCAAGUCAUUGAACACAUUGUACCUGCACAUAAACCGCCUGUCGGGGCCCAUCCCGAGGGAGCUGGGCAACCUCACGAGCCUCGUCAAUCUUGAUCUGUCUCUGAAUGCGCUCACCGGGGAGAUUCCCUACGAGCUGGUGAACCUCAGGCGGAUCCGCUUGCUCAACCUCUUCAUGAACCGGCUGCACGGCUCCAUCCCGGACUUCGUGGCCGAGUUCGUAGAGAUGGAGACGCUCGCCCUCUGGAUGAACAACUUCACUGGGGUGAUACCUAGGAAUCUUGGACGGAAUCAGAGGUUGCAGAUUCUUGAUCUGUCUUCGAACAAGCUCACCGGUACUGUUCCUCACAGCCUGUGUGAAUCUGGGGAGCUUAGGAUACUUAUUCUUCAGAAGAAUUUCCUUUUUGGGUCGAUUCCGCAGGAUUUAGGCACGUGUUUGAGCCUGGUGAGGGUGAGGUUAGGGAUGAACUACUUCAAUGGCAGCAUUCCUAGUAGCUUCAUCUACCUGCCUCAGCUCAACUUUCUUGAGCUGCAAAACAAUAUGCUGUCUGGUUCCCUAUCCGAAAACACCGAUGCCGAGAAUCGAACUCAACUGGGGCAGAUGAAUCUCUCAAACAAUCAGCUUUCCGGGCCCUUGCCCUUUUCCCUCUCCAAAUUCACAUCGCUCCAAAUCCUACUGCUCGGCGGCAACAGCUUCUCCGGCCCGAUUCCGCCUUCUGUCGGAGAGCUGCACCAGGCGGUCAAGAUUGAUCUAAGCGGAAACUCUCUCACCGGAGAAAUCCCUCAUGAAAUCGGUGAAUGCCUACAUCUCAACUAUCUGGACUUGAGCAAGAACAACCUCUCCGGCCCAAUCCCGUCGGAGAUAUCCAACAUCCGAAUCCUCAACUACCUGAAUUUAUCACGGAACCAUCUGACCGACGCCAUACCCCAAUCGAUCGGCGGCAUGAAGAGCCUGACGACCGCCGACUUCUCCUUCAACGACCUGUCGGGCAGGCUGCCGGAGACAGGGCAGUUCUCGGUGUUCAACGCCACCUCUUUCGCGGGCAACCCCAAGCUCUGCAACCCCUGCAACGCCACCGGCGCCGCGGCGGCGAGAUCGCACAACGCGUUCAAGCUGGUGUUCGCGGUGGGGCUGCUGGCGUGCUCGCUGGUGUUCGCGACGGCGGCGAUCGCGAAGGCGAAGUCGUUCAAGAAGAGCGGCGGCGAGUCGUGGAAGAUGACGGCGUUCCAGAAGGCGGAGUUCACGGUGGCGGACGUGGCGGAGUGCGUCAAGGACGGGAACGUGAUCGGGCGGGGCGGCGCGGGGAUCGUGUACCACGGGAAGCUGGCCAACGGCGUGGAGAUCGCGGUGAAGAAGCUCCUAGGGUUUAGCAGCAUCAACAGCCACGAUCACGGCUUCAAAGCCGAGAUCCGGACGCUGGGGAAUAUCAGGCACAGGAACAUCGUGCGGCUGCUGGCCUUCUGCUCCAACAAGGAGGCCAACCUCCUCGUGUACGAGUACAUGAGGAACGGCAGCUUGGGGGAGGCGCUGCACGGCAAGAAGGGGGGAUUCCUCACCUGGAAUUUGAGGUACAAAAUCGCGCUUGAUUCCGCCAAGGGCCUCUGCUAUCUCCACCACGAUUGCUCGCCCUUGAUCGUCCACCGCGACGUCAAAUCCAAUAACAUUCUGCUCAACUCAACCUUCGAAGCUCACGUCGCCGAUUUCGGCCUCGCCAAGUUCCUGGCCGACGGCGCCGCCUCGCAGUGCAUGUCCGCCAUUGCUGGCUCCUACGGCUACAUUGCUCCAGAGUAUGCGUACACGUUGAGAGUGGACGAGAAGAGCGACGUGUACAGCUUCGGCGUGGUGGUGCUGGAGCUGGUGACGGGGCGGCGGCCGGUGGGGGAGUUCGGGGAAGGGGUGGACAUCGUGCAGUGGGCCAAGUGUUCGACGAAAUGCCGGAGAGAGGAGGUGAGCCAGAUCCUGGACCCGCGGCUGACGGUGGUGCCCAAGGAUGAAGCCAUGCACCUCUUCUUCGUCGCCAUGCUGUGCGUGCAGGACAACAGCGUCGAGCGCCCCACCAUGAGAGAGGUCGUGCAAAUGCUCUCCGAGUUCCCCCGCCGCGCCUCCACCUCCAACCACCAAUCCGAUCACAAAUCACUUAAUUAAUUAAUCAUUCAAAAACCAAACCCUUUUUCUUUUCUUUUUUCAAGCUUAAUUAUGUGUUUUUAAUUUUUGUUUUUGCGGAAAUUAGGUGGAGAAUAACUGAUUAUAUAAGUAGGGAGGUGGUAAUUACUAAUUAGUUUGCUUUAGUGUCCUUGUAUUAUAUAGUGUACACACAGAGAGUAUUACCAUUUUUUGUUUAAUUUUGGGGUGAA